AUGAAUAUCUUGCGCAUCGGGGGCAGUCUUCUGCGGCCUGGCCGACCCCACAGUUAUCUCCACAUGCGAUAUGCCGUCUCCAGCCGGGGAUUCCAUGCGACUACCUCCCUAUUGGGUAUAAAAUCUCAGAUUCUCAAGGACGUUGGUGAAGGUAUUACUGAGGUCCAAAUCAUCCAGUGGUAUGUAGAGGAAGGGGCACAUAUUGAGGAAUGGAAACCUUUAUGUCAGUAUCAAUCUGAUAAGGCGGUUGAUGAUAUUACAUCGCGUUAUGAAGGUGUCAUCAAGAAGCUCCAUUUCGAAGCAGACGACACAAUCCCUACAGGGCAGGCACUAUGUGAUAUUGAGGUCGACGAUAAAAAAUACUCAGGGCAGAGCUCAUCACAUACUCCUGCCACAGCGCCGGAGGGAGAGCUGGCUAAAUCUGCCUCCGAAUCUGAGGUAACGACAAAGGUUGAAGUAUCUGAAGUAUUACAGCCUACGCUUUCUCAUCAAGAUGCCUCAAUUGAGACACCCAAAUCAAAACAUGCAUCUCUCGCAACACCAGCUGUGCGAGGUUUACUCAAGACACAUAAUAUCAACAUCAUCGAUAUAAAUGGAACUGGCAAAGAAGGCCGGGUCAUGAAAGAAGAUGUGCUGAACUUUGCCCAAGCACGAGAUUCGCCCAUCACAUCAACACUAGCAUCUAUACCAGACAAACGACAAAUAGAAACAGAAACCAAACUCACCCCGAUCCAAUCAUCCAUGUUCAAAACAAUGACAAGAUCCCUUAAUAUCCCGCAUCUCCUUUAUGCCGAUGAGUUCCAAGUCAACAAUAUCACAACCAUUAGAAAGAGACUCGCCAGUAACAUGCAAGAUCCGAGAAAGCUCACCUUGCUCCCAUUUGUCGUGAAGGCCGUCUCAUUAGCCUUAAACGAGUACCCAAUUCUCAAUUCCCGGAUUGAAAACAGCACACCAGAAAAACCAAAGCUAAUCAUGCGCGCAAAACACAAUAUCGGUAUCGCGAUGGAUACACCAAAUGGCCUCUUCGUACCAAAUAUCAAAGAUGCAGCAAGCCUGUCAAUCAGUGAUAUUUCAGACGAAAUCGCUCGACUGAGUUCACUUGGCAAAGCUGGGAAACUAACAUCUACAGACCUCGGCGGUGGAACCAUCACUAUCUCGAAUAUUGGAAAUAUUGGCGGGACCUAUGUGGCGCCGGUGAUUGUACCGACAGAAGUGGCUAUUCUUGGAGUUGGUCGCACAAAGUCGGUUCCUGUCUUUGAUGAGGCUGAUCAAGUUGUGCGUGGGGAGCUGGUAAAUUUCAGUUGGAGUGCUGAUCAUCGUGUUAUUGACGGAGCUACUAUGGCAAGGAUGGGGGGUUUGGUGCGGAGCUUUAUUGAAUCUCCGGAGUUGAUGCUUUUGAACCUGAGGUGA